AUGGAGACAGUCAGAAGCCUAACAAUGAUUGAUUUGUUCUGUCCUGAACAUGCCACCAACUGCAAUGACACAUCCUGUCUGUUGCCUAUUGACAAUUUUAACCAAACUAUGAGCCUUAUUUUAAGUACUGUGCUGACAAUCCUGUUGGCUUUGGUGAUGUUUUCCAUGGGUUGCAAUGUUGAAGCAAAAAAGCUUUGGGGCCAUAUUAAGAGACCUUGGGGUAUAUGUGUGGGCUUUCUUUGUCAGUUUGGUAUUAUGCCUCUCACAGCCUUUCUGCUGUCAACGGCCUUUAAUAUUCACCCUAUUCAAGCGGUUGCAGUAUUAAUAAUGGGAUGCUGUCCAGGUGGAACAGGUUCAAACAUCAUGACCUACUGGAUGGAUGGGGACAUGGAUCUUAGCAUAAGUAUGACAACGUGUUCCACAAUACUGGGAAUGGGAAUGAUGCCUCUUUGCCUCUUCAUCUACACCAAAACCUGGGUUGACACAGAUGCCAUCCAGGUCCCUUAUGACAGUAUAGGCAUUACCCUGGCAAGCCUCCUAGUUCCCGUUGGUCUUGGGGUUUAUGUGAACUAUAGAUGGCCAGAAAAGGCCAAGAUAAUAUUGAAGAUUGGCUCUUUCACUGGAAUGUUCCUCAUAGUUGCUAUAGCAGUGACUGGAGCCCUCCUGUACAGAGGAUCCUGGGUAACAUCGCCUUCCCUGUGGAUCAUUGGAACUAUCUAUCCAGCUAUUGGGUAUACAUUAGGAUUUCUUUUGGCUCGUAUUGCCGGUCAGCCUUGGUUCAGAUGUCGCACUGUAGCUUUAGAGACUGGUGCACAGAACACUCAGCUCUGCACAACCAUUGUCCAGCUCUCCUUUACACCUGACCAGCUUGUGCUCAUGUUCACAUUUCCACUCAUCUACAGUGUGUUUCAAAUUUUGUUUGCAGCUAUAAUGAUUGGGCUUUAUCAACUUUACAAAUGGUAUGGCAAGAGCACCACAGACGAUUCUUCAGAAUAUGCAAAUGAUGAAGAAAAAUCCAUCCCAGCCAAUGCUUUAACAAAUGGAGGAUUUCAAGCAGAUGAGAGAGUACCAAGCGAUUUCUUACCAAAUGGGGCCCCUCAUUUGGAAGAGAAAUACCAGAACGGUAUCUUGAAGGGGCGGCUCCCAGCAGAGAAUUCUUCAAGUUAUGACUUGGAUACAAGUACAAACCUAUAA